AUGGGCAUUGGCCUAGUUGCUGCAAACAUUGCACAACUUAAAGUCAGACUUUACGACACUAGCCGAACAAACCUCGAGAAAGGCUUAGCUCUUGUUGAUUCCCUUCUUUCAAAGGAUGUGUCGAAAGGACGUAUUACCGAAUCUCAUGCGGAAGCAACAAAGUCCCGUAUUUCGCCCGUCGAAUCUCCAUAUGAUCUUAUUGAUGUUGAUUUCGUGAUUGAAGCAGUAUCGGAGAAUGUCGAGUUAAAAAGAAAAAUAUUUGCAGAGUUGGAUGCUAUCGUGAAAGAACAUGCCAUAUUAGCCACUAAUACUAGUAGUAUCGGCAUCACUAAGAUUGGAGCCUCUACCAAAAGGCCUGAAAAAGUCAUUGGAAUGCAUUUUAUGAAUCCGGUGCCAGUCAUGAAAUUAGUAGAAAUAAUUCCUGGUCUUGCUACUUCCGACGACACCCUGCAGACCACGAGAGCACUCGCGACUGUGAUGGGAAAGACGUGCACGACAUCACAAGAUGUUCCAGGGUUCAUUGCUAAUAGGAUUUUGAUGCCUUACAUAAAUGAGGCCGUAGUAGCCCUUGAGCAGGGCAUUGCAACGAGAGACGACAUCGACACAACUAUGAAGUUGGGUACAAAUGUUCCAAUGGGACCUUUGACAUUAGCUGAUUUUAUUGGAUUAGAUACAUGCUUGGCCAUAAUGAAAGUGUUACAUAGUGAAUUAGGAGAUCCCAAAUAUAGACCAGCUGUGUUAUUGCAGAAAUAUGUUGAUGCUGGAUGGUUAGGAAAGAAAACAGGGAGAGGAUUCUAUACUUAUUAG